AUGUUCCGCAGAAAGAGGAGCGCCUCGCAACAUCGGCCAAACCUCUCGACUUCCUCAUCGCAAUCCGCACAAUCCGCCGCUACUCGAGCCUUUCUCCAGUCGCAGCCCUCGUCCAAUAACCUUUCCUCCGCCGCUGCCGCUGCCGCUCUCCGCACUUUGACGCCGACUCCGACGCCCGUCGAAAAUGUCCAGACCAAGCGCAUGCUUCAGCGCAAAUCGUCGAUCUCGUCACAACCCGCGACGAGUGGGUCUCCGAUUCUCCGACCGUCAAGUCGAAAUGGCCUGCGACGGGUUAAUAGUUCGGGCUCGAUGAGUGCCCGGACGUUUCGGGAUCAGUCGCCUGGUCGGCCAACCUCGAGCUAUGGAACUCCGGGGGCUCCAGCUGUCGCGCCGCCGCUUCCUGCCAUCCCAACAGAAUUUACGGGGCGGAACAAUCAAAGUCGGCGCUCUGUCAGCCUAGGGCCGAAUGCUUGGUCCUCAAACUCACGAACACAAGCCGCGGAAGAGCAGGCGAGUGAGAUCAAACCGCUGGAGAGACUAUCCGACAGUCCCACACCAGGAGUCCGCAAAACAUCACCCGAGCACCAGAGGUCGGAAAGCAGGAAUUCGAUAAAUUUCUCUUAUCCCAUGAAUUCUCGAGCCAACUCCCCGACGAUACCGUCUGGAUUUCCCGAUCGACGAGAGGAGGUUAUUGCUGGGGGAAGGAAUGGGCGAUCCACUUCUGAGGAAGCUUCUCAUAACAAGCGAACCCUCGCCGAACCUGGCAAGGCAGUCCGACAACAGAGUCAUGGAACUGGUCCUGCAAGUCCUGCAAGCCCUGGGAGUCCUGGCAGUCCUGGGAGAAACCAGCGCACCGCAGGAACUGCUCUUCUAGCGGCCCAAGCGGCUAUUGUGCACCGCCAUGACGAACCGAAUACUCCCCCAGUAGCAUCUCGCCCAACACGCCAACGUGAACAAGCGGUGGCUGUGGAGCGGUCUCCGAGCCGGAGCCCUGCAUCAGUGGAUAUCAGUAUGCGUCCUUUGGUAAAGAAACCAUCCGCAGUCACAGAGGAACGCCAGCCGAAGGCACGUCAACAGCCGGAGCCUCCAAAGGAGUUGAAGGCCGCGGCGGCUGCCGCACAACUUCCGAGGCCGCAAACGCCGCCGGUAGUAGAAACGUCAAAGGAGCAACUAAAGACGCCGCCAGUGAGUCCACCACAGCCGCAUCUUGCGGUGGAAUUGGACGGAGGGUCCCCGCCCGCCAGCCUCCGCCAGUCGGCUAGCCCUGGAAGAUCGGCUCGUUUCCCUUCUCAAUUAGCAGUAAUGAGCUUGCCUGGGGAGCAGUUGCACCAACCACCCCCACGGUCGGUUUCUCCGGCCAAGUCUGCACUGAAACGCAAUAGCUCGCUUUCACCCGACGGCAGAAUUCAUGGCAUAUUGCGCCCUGGCCCUCCCCUUAGCGAGCUCUCCGAUGCGACAUCCGUGGCAUCUGACGACGGCUCAAGGAUUAUUCGAAAGAAGUCCGUCAAGGUCAGCUUCGAUGACGAGGCCGAAGUGGUUGGACUGGCGGCAGAUCCGCCUACGCCUCCGGAGGACCCCAUUCCUGAAUCGCCUCCUGGAAAAUCCAAACCGAAAAGUAGCUGGUUCAAUCUGCACAAACGGAAAUCCUCCCCGAAGCGCUCUGCAGAUGUGGAUGAAUUCGAUGGAAUCCUGAAACCACGUGCAGCUCUCCCAUCGUUUGGUAGUAUCCGAGCUGGCAGGGAUGGCGCAAAACCUGAACCACUACCGCAAGACCUGGAUGAUGACGAAUCAACGUCGUCGGAUGAAGACCACCAUGUAGGCUUCUCAAAUGACCAUGCCAUUGGCAGCAUAGUCUCUCCUACCGUCCCAGAGAAUGUGCAGAAGCAGGUGCCGAUUGACAAUGCAUUGCCCGCCACGACGCACAUUGCUGCAAAGGAUGUAUUGGAAGCUCAUGAGGAAAAUAUUUCGGUUGGCGAGUCCAAUUCUGAACCCGCUUAUUUUCACAAGACCCCGCUGUCACCUUUGCAGGAGGUGCCGUCUGAACAGAACCUUCCCCUUGAACCGGAACAGACUUUGGAGACGCCAGAUAUCACGCUUCAACCUGCCACCCCUGAGCUGGAAAAAGGCAGGCAGAGUCUCGAGGAGUAUGAUGAAGCAGCUGAAUAUCCCCAGCUACCUGAGGAAGUGGACUCGAAAGCUGAUCGUCAGAAGAAGGGAAAGCCAAAGUCUUUUGGAGAGAGUGAUGAUGACUCGAGUGAUAGUGUGUAUAGUGACGCGGAAGAGGGAUAUGAUGGUGAUGGAUUUGCAUCGAUCAAUGCUAUUCUCGACCGCGAGUCGGCACCCGAACACUCGGCCGCUGCAAAGCCUGAAUUAACCACUAGCCCAAAAGAUGAAGGCCACCAAGCCGAUCAGACUGGUGAUGAAUUCCCAGCGACCUGCCAGAUCGCUCAUGUGGACUCUCCUGCGUUAGAGGAUUCGAGACGAUCAACUUCCGGCUCUCCUGAAUUGAUCGAGCCGCUUUCGGUCGCUGAACCUCUUGCGCAACCAGAACCAGAGCGGACCGUAUCCCAUGGAGAACUACCGCGCUCGUCAAUGAUGCCAGUGGAAGUGUACACUAUUUCCCAUGUACAAGACGAGGACGACUUCAAGGAAGUUGAUAAACGCUAUCAACAACCCGAGACAAAUACAUAUAGUGCGCCCAAACCUCGAGACCAGGACAUGAAACGUUCUUCAUCCUCGGCGCCAUCCACGCGCAAAGAGACUGAUGGACCAAAUGGUGAAGUCAAUGGCAACGGACCUAAUGCGAACUUGCCUCAACGCACGCUCUCAAAUGGCAGUGACUCCUCGAGUAGUUUCACCCGGGUUCGCCGACCUAGCCGAGGAGGAAUGGGGAUGAGACGAACCCUGCGAGGAAGUCAAACGAGCAGUUCAGUCCCCGCCUCUCCAAUGAGAGCUUCUGGCUCUCCUGUCGAGUCUCGCCCACUCCCUUCUGGACUAGGAGCAGGAACUAUGCGUACCACUCUGCGCGGUAGCGGUCCACGAAAGGACAAGCCAUCCUUAUUCUCUUCAGGCAAGUCGCAAAAAGGAAAGGGUAUGAGAGGCUCUGGUACGCCAUUCCGGUCACGGUUCGAAGACUCUGAUUCGGACUCGGAUGGUGGUGUUCAAAACCGGUUGAUACGACAUCGUCCUACGCGGAGUAUGAGCGACAAUGACAUGCGCCCUGUCCGUGGUAUCCCGCGCCGGAAGGGCGCCCAUGAUGGGGACUCUACUGAGCUGGAAGACAGCUCCGAAGGCGAAAGCCGACCGUCAUCUGCCCCACGAACUCCUGCACGCCGAGCGCAACGGGCCGAACCCGCUCACGAGGAAAAAGUUGCGCUGGCUGCACUAGCUAGAUCGCGUGGCAUGACGGAGCAGGAGCUGGACGAAUUACUUAACCGUGGCUCUACUGGCUCUUCCCGCAAACCCACACUGCUCAAUCGCUUGAGCAUGCGGAAAUCGAAGUUCCCUGUGCAGCGUGGAAAACUUCAGCCACCUGGUCUCGCCGCCAAUGGGGCGAUUUCAGAGCACCCCCAGUCGCCGGUCCAAGGCUUCGAAGGAAACGAUUCCUACAAGGCUACUAUCACUGCAAACCCUGCAAGCCCGUCUGGGCUCCUGAAGAAGUCUCCCCGCAAAGCCGCUGGUGAUGCCUGGCCUCUCGGCUCGGCGCAAGGCGAGCCUAUCGACUCCGGCAUUGGAUCAACUCCAACGCCUUCCACAAUACAGCAUGUCCAGCGACCUGCGGCAUCAGACGGAGCUUCUGUGAAUGGUAACAAGGCCAACUCCAACAACUUCCAGUUUGCUCCCAACGAGGAUCAAUCCGUGGUCAACGGUCACCGCGCCUCCGACGUGGUGAUUGAAGGAUCUGGACGCAAGAAGCGAUUCCAGCGACUGCGCAAUGCAUUCAAGAUGCGCGGAUAA